GGCCGCUCCAAGGCUGAUCUGUUGGCGGCUGCUUACUCGAGAGGAAGUCGGCGAAGGGACAACGACGCUCUGCGGAGACAUGUAAAGAUGGCAGAGCUACAAAUGUUGCUCGAUGAAGAGAUCCCGGCCGGCAAGAGCGCGCUCGUUGAGAGUUACCAGAACCUCACGAGAGUCGCGGACUACUGUGAGAACAAUUAUGUGCAGGCCCAGGACAAGAGGAAAGCUCUGGAGGAGACCAAAGCCUACACCACCCAGUCCCUGGCCAGCGUGGCCUACCAGAUCAAUGCCUUAGCCAACAACGUCCUGCAGCUGCUGGACAUCCAGGCCUCGCAGCUGCGUCGCAUGGAGUCCUCCAUCAACCACAUCUCUCAGACGGUGGACAUCCACAAAGAAAAGGUGGCCCGGCGGGAGAUCGGGAUCCUGACGACCAACAAGAACACAUCGAGGACCCACAAGAUCAUCGCGCCAGCUAACAUGGAGCGCCCAGUGCGGUACAUCAGGAAGCCCAUCGACUACACGGUACUGGACGACGUCGGCCACGGAGUCAAGUGGAUGAAAGCCAAGCAGCACGGAAACAAUCAGUCGAUCCGAGGAGGAACACUAUCGCGGACCAACCCUCCGACGCAAAAACCACCAAGUCCACCCAUGUCAGGGCGCGGCACGCUCGGGCGCAACACAUCCUAUAAAACCUUGGAGCCCGUGAAGCCCCCCACAGUGCCCAACGACUACAUGACCAGCCCGGCACGACUGGGCAACCAGCACGGGGCGCAGCACAGCCCGGGACGCACGGCCUCGCUCAACCAGAGACAGCGCACCCACAGCGGGAGCAGCGGAGGCAGUGGCAGCCGGGAGAACAGUGGCAGCAGCGGCAUUGGCAUUCCCAUCGCAGUGCCUACUCCCUCCAUUCCCAACCCUGGAUCGAUCCUGUCCAUGACCUCCCCUCCAGGCGUGCCUCCCCCGCCUCCCCCUCCUCCUCCUCCUCCUCCUGCUGUGGCCGGGUUCUGCCCCCCGCCACCGCCACCUCCUCCUCCUUCCAUAGCCGUGGCCCCCGGGCCCGGCCUGGGCCCGGCCCCGAUGUCGCAGUUCGGCACCAUCUCGCGGCAGAUUUCGCGGCACAACCCCGCCAACUCCUCCGUCUCCAUGGUCUCGGCCACGGGCACCUACCGCCGGGCGCCGUCUGUCACGUCGCAGUUCUCCUUGCAGCAGCAACAGCAGCUACAACUGCAGCAGCAACAGCAGCAGCCUCACAUUAAUGGAGGCACACCUGCUUACAGCCAGAACUCAAUGGCUAUCGCACCUCCUCCUCCCCCAAUGCCCCAGCUGACGCCACAGAUACCUCUGACUGGCUUUGUGGCCAGGAUGCAGGAGAGCAUCGCAGAUACCCCGACCCCGCCUCCUCCACCGCCCCCGGACGACAUGCCCAUGUUCGACGAGUCACCUCCACCCCCUCCCCCUCCCCCGGUGGACUACGAGGAGGAGGAGGACGCGGCAGUCGUCCACUACAACGACCCCUACGCCGACGGCGACCCCCAGUGGGCGCCCAAGAAUUACAUCGAGAAAGUGGUGGCCAUCUACGACUACUCCAAGGACAAAGAAGACGAGCUGUCCUUCAUGGAGGGCGCCAUCAUCUACGUGGUGAAGAAGAACGACGACGGCUGGUUCGAAGGCGUCAGCAACGGCGUCACGGGCCUGUUUCCCGGCAACUACGUGGAGAGCAUCAUACACUACGCCGACUGAGGUGCCACUCACGAUUUGCCAGAAUGUUCUCUUCCUUCAUUAUUUGCAAGUCAGACGACAAAGUCUCUAUUAGUCUGUUUUGGUGUUUUCUGGGUGGGCGGGCGACAUCUUAACAUGGAACAUUUGUUAACGAGUCAUGCCUGCUCGCGCGUGUCGACACCUGAAAUAUGGCGUCAGCGUUGACUCUCUCAAAAGGUCACAACGGAGCCUUCGGUUGCUGGACUCUUGAGCUGCCGUCUCUGUUGCUGUCAUUUCAGUGAAUGUCCAACAAUUACGAUCCUCGACGCAUCAUUCCAGCCGUGCAUCUCGACGCUUCCUCCCAAGGGCGGUUGUGGCGGGGUUUUUAAAGCAUGCGAACCUUUACGAUAUUACCUUCAAUUUAUUAUUGCCAUUACGUUGUAAAUUUAUUUACCGGUUUUUGGUUUUGGAAUUUGUAUUACUGUUGAAUCACUGAACUUUUAAGGAGAUGCAGAGGGAGAUUUCAGGGCCUCCAGCUGAAACAGGGGGUGCUCUCACACUCGUGCUCUUUAGUCCAUUUUAAUCCCCCCCGAACGCAGUAGACAAACAUGGGUUAACAACGGUCUCAGCAACCAUGUAGUUAAGCAUUUAGAAUUUACGGUGAAGGGGGCGAAAACGAUGGAUGCCGCCAUUGUCGCAUCACAUUUCGUCAGCAAGAGUAGAAAUUUAGAUUAAAAUAGGUUUCCUCGUUGGAGGUCCCAACUUCUCUCAGUUUAGUUUUCUGGAACACAUUUUCACCUCAACAUUCUCGGUUUGGCUGUUCUGUACUGACCCACCGUCGUCAAAACGUUUACUCCAGGAAGUAACGUAGCAGCUAGCAUGUCGUCCCAUAGAAGACAUCUUCCUGUUUUUAUUUACCGAUGUACUGUAGCCUGCUUAUAGUUCCAAAUAACGAUGACAGUUAUCAAUUUGGCUUCAUGUUUGUGGUUUAUUAGCGUUGUUUAACCCACUGAACCCAUACACCAAACCAUCUGCAGGUGUACUUUGUUGCGUCCAAUAGAAGAGUGCUGCGUCACAUGGUUUGUGAUGCAUUCAGGUCCCCCACUAUAGAUAGAGGGGGGAAAUUUUCCUAAAUUUAUGUGAAAGCACCCAAACAUUCCACAUAUGAAAAUAUAAUUUAAUUUAAAAGACCAACCACUUUUUUUUUUUUAACUUCCUGAUGAGCGGCCAUGAUGAAUCCUCUUACGUUCCCACUCAGGUGUUUGCCAUCUCAGAUCAUGCCUUGUUUUGUUUUGUCACGUUUGCUUUUGUGCAUCUUCCAACAACAAAUUCAGGCUCAGUGUCUUGGAUAGUGAAAUCUCUCUGCCCUUCAUUUGUAUGUAAAAUAUGUUGAUUAAAAAAUUUAAUGUACAGCCUUUUAUAAUAAACAAUUCUAUGUACAACAA